CUCCCAGCACUUUCCCAUAGACAGCAGAGUAAACAGCAGCCCAAGAGCCCCGAUCCUAUCCGGACAGCAGAACCUCCCCAACUGGAUUUCGUUGGAUUUACCGGCUAGUGAGGAGCCCUAAGGGGUGGGAGUCCCUCCAGCAGUGACAACAGGAGAAGAUGCGCAAACUGUGUUCCUAGGGGGAGUCUCGGGAAGGCGUAGAACUCUCUGCUGCCCCAUGAAGUGGAUACAAAGAGUUAGAAAGCCCCGCGCUGAAUGAGUGUUUUCUCCUCUUGCAAUCAAUAACCUUCUAUUUUGACACUUGGGGUGAUCCAAGGAAUGAAAGAUGACUGGCAAUGGACUGAUUUUGCUCAUGGGGACAAUUCUUCUCCAUGGCUGUCUAGCAAGGCCACCUGAUGACCAUGAUUACUAUCACCAAGAAAUCCUGACAAGGGACCAUUACUAUGCCUACCCAGACCCUGAGGAGUCACAGACACCCCCGGAGCCAGCUCCAGAGCCUGAAGAACCCCAGAAACCAGGGAUGGAAGUCAUAUAUGAGACCCAGGACACCAGAGAUGAAGUUUACCAAGUGUCCAAAAAGGAUUUCCAACCCAAGAAAAUGAAUAAGAAAGAGGAUAAGACUCAUGUACAGAUACCAGCCAAAACCGGUAGCAAGAAGUCCGAGAAGAACAAGAAGAGCCCUGAGAAGCUUGUCUUUGGAGGAGCUACGGAAGAAAAGGCUUUCCAUGUAGUUAGAGAAAACUGUCCACCUCUUGGACUAGAAACAUUAAAGGUGACCGACUUUCAGCUUCACGCAUCUACUGUUAAACGCUACGGACUAGGAGCCCACAGAGGCCGCCUCAACAUUCAGGCCGGGGUGAAUGAAAAUGACCUGUAUGAUGGAGCGUGGUGCGCGGGGAGGAAUGAUUUGUACCAGUGGAUAGAGAUCGACGCUCGCAGGCUCACCAAAUUCACAGGAGUCAUCACACAAGGCAGAAACUCGCUCUGGCUGAGUGACUGGGUGACAUCCUACCGAGUAAUGGUCAGCAACGACAGCCACAGUUGGGUUGUUUCUAGAAAUGAAUCAGGAGAAACGAUUUUUCAGGCAAACAGUGAGAAAGAGAUUCCGGUUCUGAACGAGCUUCCAGAGCCCUUGAUAGGACGUUAUAUUAGAAUCAACCCUCGUUCCUGGUAUGAAGAUGGCAACAUCUGUAUGAGGAUUGAAAUCCAUGCUUGUCCUUUACCAGACCCAAAUAAUUACUAUCACAGACGCAAUGAGAUGACGACUUCAGACAACCUGGAUUUUCGACAUCACAAUUAUAAGGAGAUGAGGCAGCUGAUGAAGGUGGUGAACGAGAUGUGCCCUGACAUCACACGCGUCUAUAACAUUGGGCGAAGCCACCAAGGCCUGAAGUUAUACGCAAUGGAAAUUUCUGAUAACCCCGGGGAGCACGAAGUUGGGGAGCCAGAGUUCCGUUACAUGGCUGGAGCUCACGGCAAUGAGGUUUUAGGUCGAGAGCUUCUUCUGCUCUUGAUUCAGUUCCUGUGCCAGGAAUACCAAGCUGGCAACAAGCGUAUUCGCCAUCUAAUCACCAAUACGCGCUUACACUUCUUACCAGCGGUCAACCCCGAUGGCUUUGAGAAGGCGGCCGACCUGGGCUCAGAGUUAGGUGGGUGGUCACUUGGCCGUUGGACUUCUGAUGGCAUUGACAUAAAUAACAAUUUUCCAGACUUAAACUCACUGCUGUGGGAGGCUGAGGACCGACCAAGGAAUAUCCGCAGAGUCCCCAACCAUUACAUCCCCAUUCCGGAAUGGUACCAGCAUGAGAAUGCCACGGUUGCCAUCGAGACACGUGCUCUUAUCACUUGGAUGGAGAAGAUCCCCUUUGUGUUGGGGGGAAAUCUUCAGGGUGGGGAGCUGGUUGUGUCAUACCCUUAUGACAUGGUACGUUCUCCAUGGAAGACCCAGGAAUAUACUGAAACCCCAGAUGACCACGUCUUUCGAUGGCUGGCCUAUUCCUAUGCGUCUACCCAUUGGCAUAUGACGGACUCCAGCCGCAGACCUUGCCACUCCGAGGACUUCAACAAAGAAGAAGGCACGGUCAAUGGGGCAUCCUGGCACACAGUGGCUGGAAGCAUUAAUGACUUCAGCUACCUGCACACCAAUUGCUUCGAGAUUUCAAUAUAUCUGGACUGCGAUAAAUUCCCUCAUGAGAGUGAGUUACCUGAGCAAUGGGAAAACAACAGGGAAUCCCUCAUUGUUUUUAUGGAGCAGGUUCACCGUGGGGUAAAGGGAGUUGUGAGAGAUGUCUAUGGACGAGGGAUUGCCAGUGCCAUUAUAUCAGUGGAGGGGAUUAACCAUGACAUUCGCACAGCAAAUGAUGGAGAUUACUGGAGACUGCUUAACCCAGGAGAGUAUGCAGUGACGGCUCGAGCUGAAGGAUUCACACCCUCUACCAAGAACUGUGCGGUGGGAUAUGAGAUGGGAGCUACACGCUGUGACUUUAUCCUUCCCAAAUCAAACCUGGCACGCAUCAAAGAGAUCAUGCAGAAGUUCGGAAAACAGCCGGUCAGCAUGUCUCUUCGCCGGAGAAGAAUUAGAUUCAGAACGGGGCAUCAUGGCUAAAAUACACCUUAUACCUUCAUGAACAGACUUUGAUAGACCUAGAACAUUCAAUUCCUCUGGACACAUUAGACUGAAGGAAUAAAACGGCUAGCAACUUGCUUACUAAGUACAACCUAUUGUUAUGGCGUCAGUCUUUCCUUGGCUCCUUGGACAUACAUUUUAUGAGAGCCUGAUAAGGAUAUUUAGUGUACUCUAUGCUUCGAUCAUCAUUAAACGGACAUUUUCCAAAGGAGUUGCUGAAAAACUUGAGCAAUUUGAAACUAGUUAUAUAACCAACUCCUGGCUAAGUAUCUGGUAAAAACAACAUGUAUAUCAUUAUAUAGUAACAUGAAGCUCGUCUUCAGGCUUUGCCGUCUUUGGAACUACCUGUUAUAUAUUUCACAUUGUUUGUUCAAGGCACAAAUGAUGCAGCAGUGAGAUGUCAGACUAACCUAAUGACUACAGUCUACUCAACGGGUAAAAUGGAAAAUUCUCUUGCUUCUAUGAAAGGAAAUCUGCCUCUUCAAUGGGAAAUGACUGCACUCAAUAGCCUUUAAAGAGAAGUGAUUAAAGCACAUUGUGCUUAAAUUAGAGGCGGGGGUGAUAUUUUAGCUCCUAUAUUCAGACUCAAGUGCGGUUCUUCAUUUUUAAUAUGGUUUCCUUUAAUUGUCUUCUGCUCCUACUGAAAGUGUUCCUGCCGAGAGAUUCUGUUUUUUAAUUGACAUGACGUUUAAUCAGUUUUCUGUUAGUGAGACAAAAUGAUGCAUUAGUCCUUGAAGCUGGAUUGAUCUCUUUAGUGUACUGCCUUGUUACCCUAGAAUGAUUAGAUGCCUUGUAUCAGGAAUAGCCUAAAGGUGUUUUAGAUCUUAGAAAUAAAUACGUUACAAAGAGCAAAAUGGAGGUUUUUCAGCCAACAAUGACAAUAACAAUGUGGUUUUGUAGUCUCCCACUCCCCAAUCCCAUGGGGUCUCAGAUCAGUGUGUAGGAGCUGGGAAGCAACUUGAGGCCAAUUAAGGAAAGAUUCUUGGUGAAUACUGACUUACUGUUCUAGAUAUUAAUGUAAGCUCAUCCUAAAGACCAGCCUGCAGGAGACCUAUUGCAACAACAAUUUCCUAUGUAUGUAACCUUGUUAUUGUAUUGGACUUCAAAGAGGUAACUGAACCCAGAAGGUGGCUCCUAACUUCAUGAGAUGUAUUUGCUCCACUUCUAC